CGGAAACCUGGACACGUCAGUGUCAUUGCCUCGAUUUGCGAUGCAAAUGCUGCCCGUGAAAAAUUUUAGACGCCACCUGAAAUGACAUUUAGUGGUAGUUCCCUUGUACACACGGGUGGUGUCAUAGAUGAAUGCAGUGAUAGAUUCACUGAAUAUAUCUAUAAAGCAGUCCGUGUGGACUGAUGAGCUCAUAUUGUUCGUGUUUCGAAUGCGCUGGCGAUUGUGGCUUGCAGGAGGUGUAACGAGGAGUAGAGGAGAGGCUGUGGGAAUUCGGGAACGACGGGGUUAAAAGAUGAACAGUCAUGGACCGAAACUGAGUAAUAACGAUGAGUAGUUCAGUCUUGCCGCGCUGCUCGGCCCACAGCGCGGCAAGACUAAUAGGUGGUCGUCGUACUUUCGAUUCUCGUCGUUUUAGCAUCACUUUUUCGAAACAGGAUGGCGCCGUCGAAGUUCAGCAGGGCCAAUCAAGAGUCAUGGCUGUAGUUACAGGAACGUUAGGUGCACUCUUUCCAGACCGCCCGACUGAGGGGUUCGCUUAUCAUAUUUACGCAUUUCUCGCCUAUGGCAGACCGAUCGUUUGAACUAGGUCGCCCUGGAGAACUUUCGGUAGGAUUAGGACGAAUCAUCGACCGUGGGCUGAGAGGAACUGCCAUUCAGCUUCAACUUAGGAGCGCCCGUUCUGGGGUAGCUUCUGCAUUGCAGCAGGAGAGGGGCACUGACAAGGCCACGUUUCCGUUUGUGCCAAUCUCAAUUCGGGUAGGGAUGUCAGGCCAGAGCUGUGCCAUAAGCAGAUGUUAGAGGUGAUCGUUUGGAUUGUGUACCUGCGAAUGGACUUCUAAUCUACACGAAUGUACAAUCUAUCAAAUACAAAUAUAUAGGGCAUAUACAUAACAAGGGCAACACAUUACAGCUUGAAGUUCAUGCGCAGGUAUACAAUCCAAGUGAUCACUUCUAACAAUAAUAUCAAUGAAGCAAAAUAUAAUAAAUAAUUAACAUAGAUAUUUAGAUAUGUUCGUGUAUUAACAUAGACUUUAGAUUUGAAUUUGCGCAUAGACUUUAGAUAUUUUUUGUUACAUUGACAUCCUGUUAGGGACCGGAUCAGGGUAGACAAAAAUGUGAGCUUCGCUGCAACCAAGCUAGGCAGGAGUCCAACACAGUUACACAAAAGUAGGACUGCACAUAGGUGAAGGGACAGAAGUUUAUUGGUCCAAUAUCUGGUGUUGAUGUACUGAAGGAUGGGGCAAACCUCCUUCUCUUCUAUUACUGGAAGCCCAUCUAGAUGAGUUGAACUUAGAUAGUCAAGACCGUUGAGACGUGGCUGCAUCACCAAGAAAACCGAGACAUUGUUGCACCUUCACCGAGAAAACCGAGACAUAGUUGCACCGCCAAGUAACCGCGGUUGGGACACCUCAUCCUUGUAGAAGGUAGUACCUUUUAGUAUGUCUCGCCGAUGCGCCCGUGACAUUAUCCCCUCUUCAAGUGACAUCUUCCAGAUGGAGCCGGUUUAUGUGGUUACCAUUGAUGAAAUCAAGCAAUAUCUUCCAAACGGAGCUGGUUUGUGUGGAUACCUUUAAUGAAAUGGAUUGACAGCUCUUGGAUGUGAGUUCAAGUUUUGACAGGCUUCCAAGUGGCUUCUGUCGGUGAAUAGACUGCCAAAAAUCGAAAUACUUGACCUUGUCG